CCCUCCUCUCCUCUCCCUCUCCCCUCCUCUCCUCUCCCAUCCAUUCAAAAGAAAAUAAUAAGAAGACACUUUUCUCCUUAUUUUGAUCUCUAUAUGUCACUUGUUCGCCCAGCAGCUAGCAUAAGGAAUUAACCAUCAUGCACCCUCCACCCGGCCAUGGCUUCUUCACCAAAGGUGGUGGUGGUGCCUCCAUGUCUUCUUCACAGCAAGAGGAAGAAGAGCACUCCAUACUUCUCCUCACUCUUUGGCCCCCCGGCCAGCAGAACAACCCUUCUUCUUGUUCCUCUUCCACUUCCACCUCUUGGUCCCAGUCCAAGUCCAAUAAACAACACCCCCUCUCCCACCCAUUGAACCGACCAGAUGAUGAUGACUCCAACGUGACCAUCGCCCUUUCUAUAGGGCCUCCCAGCGCAAGCGUUAGUGCAAGCAUGAGUACCAAUGCCGCCGCCACCACCACCACCACCACCGUCUCCAACUCCACCCCAAGCCAGUACUGGAUCCCUUCUGCCGCCGAGAUCCUCGUCGGCACAACCCAGUUCUCCUGCACCGUGUGCAACAAGACCUUCAACCGCUACAACAACAUGCAGAUGCACAUGUGGGGGCACGGCUCGCAAUACCGGAAGGGGUCGGAGUCUCUGCGAGGGGCAACGAAGACGACGGCUUCACCGUCGAUGAUGAGGCUUCCGUGCUACUGCUGUGCCGAGGGGUGCAAGAACAACAUCGAGCACCCGCGGUCAAGGCCGCUUAAGGACUUCCGGACACUGCAGACACACUACAAGCGCAAGCACGGGGCACGGCCGUUCGGGUGCCGCAGGUGCGGGAAGGCCUUCGCGGUGCGCGGCGACUGGCGUACCCACGAGAAGAACUGCGGCAAGCUGUGGUUCUGCAUCUGCGGCUCCGACUUCAAGCACAAGCGCUCCCUCAAAGACCACGUCCGGUCGUUCGGCGGCGGCCACGCUCCCCACAUCGUGGAGUCGAUGAAUGUAGAUGAGGAGGAAGAGGAGGAAGAGGGUGAGGAUGUUGAUGAGGGAGGAAAUGGAGAAAACGGUAACAUGCGCUGUUAGUUAGUGAACUAAACAUCUAUUUUCAGAACUUUAAACCCACAUUAGAUUAUAGGAUAUUAAUAUAUAUAUAUGUGUGUGUGUGUGUGUAUAUGCAUAUAUGUAUGUAUAUGUAUAUGUGUGUGUGAGAGAGGAAGGGGCAUGGUCUCAUUCUGAGAGUUCUUUUUAUCUUUUUCUUUCGCUUACAGUUCAAUGGUCUGCCAUUGUCUCUUGUGAAUGAGACAGGAGAGGGAGGGAUAUUUUUACGAGUUUCUUUUUCUUUAGCUUUUUCUGCCCCGUCAUUCUUAAUGUAAAUGUGAUGCCAGAGCAGAAGUUUUAGGAGCAGACAAGCAAUGUAAAUUAGAUUCCAGUCUAAACCAUCUUCUUAAGCUGCCAGUAGCUUCAGAUCUUGCGGGCUUCAGGACUUGUUUGGUUCGCCGAAAGUGGGGAAGAGAGUGUGGCUAAUAGGAAAAUGGAGAAAGACUACAGAUUUGGUUGGAGUUUUCGGA